ACUGGCCGAAUCAGCCAAUCAGGGGCUGCCAUGUUGGGACCCGGCAGCCAAUCAGCCCGCAGAAUCGGGAGGACAACUUGGAUAUGCCGAGGCGGGGAAGUGUGGAACAAUAACGCAGGGCUCAUCAUCAUCUUUUGCGUCAGACGAGGAAAUAAGCGCAUGCAACUUUGGCUGGAGGAUUCCGCCAACUCUUAAAGCGCCAGGCAGCUGCCUGCGCCGACGUGUGGGGUAACAAUUGCAACACACAUCCAGCCCCUGACAGUGAAACACGAGCGAGAAGCCCGUCAGUAUACGGUGUCGUCGUUGGAGCGGGAGCGUGCCUGCCUCCAUGAAAGCCCAGUCCCCCCUUCGCCUCACCCCGCACACUGACUUCCGCCCCGCUCGGCUGGCGUUCCCAGGCUUCGUCUGCAUCAGCCGGCAAGAUAACAUGACAGCAGCACUCGGUCGCGCCGAGACGUGAAAAGCUGACUGAAAAACUUGCUCCGGAUGCCGGUUGUCGGUUGAUAUAGGACAGAGGAGGAUUAGGGCUAACGGAAUGUGUUUUUUGAUGCGAUGGGAUUUGCUACUUUCGCAUGAAGAGGCGGACCUCUGAGACACCAAGAGUUCAAUAUGCUGAAGCUGACCGCGGUGUUUGUACACUGUACGUGGAAGUACAGAGACUGUUUUCUUUCGACCUGAGGAUUUGGUUCAGUAUUCCCGCGGAUAUUCACCACAGUCUCCCCCUGUCGCUGUUUUUUUUUUUUUGGUUUUGUUUUGAAGAAGGAAUUCCUCCAGACGGGCUGCAUGUGCUCUCCGGUCUCCUGCUCCUUUUAUUUAUUACCAUGAAGGGCUUGUAUCUGACUUGUAGCGUCUCUGAACCCGUCCGCGGUCGCCAGUGGGGUCUUUAAACUUGACUCGACCCACCAUGAACUACGCUGUAGGUAUUUUUCCUGCGCCUGUAAGAUUCCUUUUUAUAUGACAGCUGCGUGUAUCUUCUCGGUACAGGUGGCUCAGUUACACCGUGAGGACAAGCUUUUGGGAGCCGUUUAGCUCGUGACUACUACGUUAUCCUCCAAGCCCUCAGUGGCAGCCUCAAGGAGACCUGGUUUUCCUCUCAGUUCCACCAUGAGUUGCACCCACAAGGUGGUGAAUGUCUUGCUUCGUGGACUCGUCAUCUAUGCGGUACUGGUGCUGGACUGCUCUUCCUCGAACGCUCUGCCAGGACACUCGCCUGACGCCGUGGCCACCUCAGACCCCUGUCUAAUAGUGAUGCCACCAUGCAUGGGUGAUGCCGACCGCUUCAGCCUGGAAGCUCUUCGCCACAUCCACAAACAGCUGGAUGACGACAACGAUGGAGGAAUAGAAGUCAACGAGAGUGUUGAGUUCAUUAUAGAAGACAUGAAGCAACAGCAGACUAACAAACACAGCAACCUCCACCGUGAAGACCAGCACAUCACUGUGGAGGAGCUGUGGAGGUGCUGGAAGACCUCUGAAGUUCACAACUGGACCGUAGAGGACACUGUGCAGUGGCUGAAGGAGUCAGUGGAGCUUCCCCAGUAUGAGAGAAACUUCCGGAGCUUCCGGGUCACAGGAAACACGCUACCUCGAAUAGCAGCAAAUGAACCGUCGUUCAUGUCGACGCAGCUGAAGAUAUUAGACCAGCGACACAAACAGAAACUCAACCUGAAGGCACUAGACGCCGUGCUUUUUGGUCCUCCGCUGCGUCCGCAGCACAACUGGAUGAAGGACUUUGUCCUGAUGAUUUCUAUAGUAAUCGGCGUCGGAGGCUGCUGGUUUGCCUACGUGCAGAACAAAUCCAGCAAGGUCCACAUCUCUCAGAUGAUGAAGGAUCUGGAGAGUUUGCAGAAAGCUGAGCAGAGCCUGUUGGACAUGCAGAGCCGGCUGGAGAAAGCUCAGGAAGAGAACCGGACUGUGGCAGUGGAGAAGCAGAACCUGGAAGAGAAGAUGAGGGAUGAGAUCACUGGAGCCAAAAAAGAGGCUCAUAGGCUCCGUGAGCUGCGGGAGGGUGCCGAGUGUGAACUGAGUCGACUCAAAUAUGCAGAGGAGGAGCUUGUUCAGGUCCGUAAGGCUCUGAAGCGAGCUGAGAAAGAAAUGCAGUCGGAGCGGUCCGUGCCUGAAGCUCUCCAGAAGUGGCUGCAGCUCACACAUGAGGUGGAGGUCCAGUACUACAACAUCAAGAAGCAGAGCGCGGAGCUUCAACUCUGCGUCGCCAAAGAUGAGGCUGAGAAAAUAAAAAAGAAGCGGAGCUCUGUGUUCGGAACUCUUCACGUCGCCCACAGUUCAUCACUGGAUGAGGUGGACCACAAGAUACUGGAGGCAAAGAAAGCCCUGUCCGAGGUGACGGCAUGUCUGAGGGAGCGACUCCAUCGAUGGCAGCAGAUCGAGAAACUCUGUGGUUUCCCUGUUGUUAAUAACUCGGGGCUGCCCAGUCUGACAGCAAGCCUGUACUCGGAUCACAGCUGGGUGGUGAUGCCCCGAGUCUCUGUGCCCCCUUAUCCCAUCGCGGGCGGAGUAGACGACCUGGAUGAGGACACGCCUCCGAUCAUCCCUCAGUUUGCAGCGGCAACAUUUGUGCGCCCCCCGCUGACCCGCAACAGCAGCAUGUGUCGGUCCCGCCGCAGCCUGUUGUCGCCACAGUCCUCACUCAUGUCCCCGGACCCGGACCUGCUAUCCAUGGCCAGCUUGUCCCUCUCCUAUCGCACCGAUGCAGAUGACGAACAUGUCAUGUUCUCCUCAGAUAGGAGGGGGGACCCGGCAACACAGGAGUGUGCCUCCGAAACAGACUCUCUCAACUCAUCCAUCAGUCGGAAGCAGCUGCAGAACCUGCCGAGCUCAGAACCGCCCAGUCGCAAGAUCAGCAGGGAAGAGCUGAGACUGUUUAGCCAGAUCCCGGAGCUUCCUGCGUCCUCAGCGGCUGUCUCCACGGCGUCCCCCCACAGCAGCAGCAGCAGCAGCAACGGCAGCCUCAGGGACUCCACUCCACCUCCCUUACCGCCAACUCCAGCCUCCACUCCCUCAGGCCCACCUUCCACCUCCCCCUCUCCUGCCUUAGAGCACCAUCCAUUUGCACACAGAGGCUCUCCUGACCUCACCCACAUCCUCCCUGAGUCCAAGAGCGCCCCCUUCCCACAGGGGAGCAUCAGCGCCCCAAAAGGAAAAGGCAUCUACAAUGGCAUCCUGGAGAAGUCUUACAGCUUUGGCCAGCUGCCUGCUAGCAUGCUGCCCAACGUGGGCCGGUACCCAUCUCUCAACUCCCUGGACUCUGAGGGGCGAAGCGUGUACAAGCUCCAGAGCGCCUCGUCCCAGGACUCUAGCGACAAUGGAGAGCGAAGCAGGCGCUCCUCUUCUAAGAUUAAAAGCUUAUUUAAGAAAAAGAAAUAGGACUUUUGGAGCGAAGACUUGUUGUUGUUUUAGCCCCUCUUCUAAAAUAAAACAUGGCGAGCUGAAACAGUUCCUGAAACAGCCGGCUCGCUCUGGGUGAGUCAUCGCCUUAUUUUACAAAAUAUGCCUUUUCAUGGAGUGGACUCACAGAGACGCUGCUGGAUUUCUUUUGCUUCCCCUUGGUUCUGAACCAUCAAAGCCACCAAGUGUCGAGGGUCUCAAGGGGCAGUCACUUUUUUUAAGCACACAUUGUGAAGAAUUCUCGUGUGUCAGCAAACACUGGAAGAGUUUGAAUCGGUGGCGAAAGCAGCACAUGAUGCAGCUGCGUUCACAUGUCAAGCUUCACUCUUUUGGCUGGGAUCUAGGACGUGCAACAGAACGUAAAUCCAUGUGUCCAUUCACAACACACACAACUGACCACAACUGAAAUUAACAACUUGUGCACAAGCACUUUAGUAUCCCCCCACCACCCACACAAUGGUUCAGUUGUGCUCUCAAACAACUCAACCUUCCAGUCAGGACAGAACCAGACUGCCACCACAGGAGCGUUGCUUACAGUCCCAUUUCGUGGGAAAUCAGGUGAUGCUCAUUUUAAUUUGGUUACCCCACACCGUGAUCAGAGCUCCACUGUUCAAGCCAGCAGGUCCCAGGGUUGGUCCGGUUUAUGUUUCAUCUGGUGAGCCACUGGUGUGUUCUGAGAGUUCAUUCGCGGUGUACAGAAGGACUGUCACUAGGCACCUGGUGCUUCAAAUGUGCUCAUCAUUUGUGGAGUCCACUCCACCCCCCAGAAGAAAGUGUCCUUCGACCCUCGCUUGUUGGAUGCUGGCUUCUAUUUAUACUUCAACAUGGACUGCUAUCCUCACAAGAAGUUCAUGUUGCCUUGUCUGAGCUAUCAUUAGGCACUCUGAUUUCCUCCCCCUCAAACUUAGCUGCCAUCCCCCUGGCUGACUGGGAAUAGUAUUUGACAAUUCAGGAUUGAACGAAAAGGAACCUACAACAGUAUUAGCUAUAUCAGCUUUUUUUUCCCGGAACUUAACUGCAACCUUAAACGCAGCUCCAACCAAAUUUAGGGGAAAAGGGUGGUUUAAGAUCAGCAUUUGAAUGCUGGUCAGUUUCUGUCUGUGGUCAUCGGCAAACUGUGCUCUGCUUCGUUUGCCUCCCAUGUCGCCAUUCUUGUCAAAACACCCCUCUAUCCAGUCUAACCUAACUGACGCGAGUACCAAAUGACCACUAGAUGGAGCGCCUCUCCACAAUCGCACACAUCGGUGUAUCGCUAAUAUCCAUUGACAAUCCUGAAGCAACCCAACCCGCGGUGAAGCCUGGUGAUGUGAACGUAGCUCAAACUCUUUAUAGGUCAUUAUAUAUUUUUUUAAAAGACACUUUAAGAUUCUCCGUCUGAAGUCGGCCAACGUCUUCCUCAACAAACGUCCAACUGCAUUGUGGGACAACAAGGUCACCCUACUUCUGCGGAGAUCCUGGACUCUUGUACUUGACUAUUUCCUUUAAGAAGACAUAGAGAAUCCUGCGAAACGUUUGUUGCACUACUGCUUCCCUGGUAUGUUGGGAAAGAGCUGCUGCUUGCGGGGUAUGACUUUAGAGAAGGGGGUGGAGCCACAGCCGCUCAUGCAGGCCUCUGUAUUUAUCAUUAUUAAGGUCUACUAAAUGUUUGGAAUAGAAUUAUAUAUUGGUCGGGGUUCUCUUGAGCUGAAUAUGCAGAUUUGAUCCAAUGACGUUUUUUUUUUCUUUUUUUCUUUGUACUCGUCUGGCACUACUUGAUGAACUGUGUCCUGUAGCCAAACCAACCCACCAUUUCCAUUCGAUGUCUUAAGUCCGCCAUGGUCCACAGGAGCAUGGCGUCGCCUUCCCGGUAACAUUGUCGCCACAUUUAAGUGCCGGGGAAAAGUCCUGUCUGGACUUUGAUGAACUGAACUUCUCACGCACUUGAAGGCAACACCACGAGUUGAGAGACAGUUCCAGCCACACGCACUAAGCGCCGAGCGGACCCUGCAAUACCUCCCUCCUCCUCUUCCUCACUUCCGGGCCGCUACAAGCGCACUGAUGUCAAGAGCUUCUCACUGUGAUCUCUGCUUUCCUUCCGCUCGUCCUAGAGUGUCCGUUCACAGAAGGAGGGCCUGUGUGCUUGCGGUCAAUGUGUCAGCGGGUUAUGUGUUCGAGGUGUGUGUGUGUGGGUGAAUUAAAUAAUCGAUGUACCUGUGCAAGGUGGUGGACCGAGUAGCACACAAUGAGAAAACUGCAAAUCAGAAGUGCAACAAUGAAGAGAAAACGAAUGUUUACCUGUCAUUUGGGUUUUUUGACAACCUUUGUGUGUGUGAAUAUUUGUAUACUGUAGAAGAAUUCAUUAAAAAAACGAA